CCUCCGAAUCAGAGAAAGUAGCCUGAUAGCGGAUCAAAAGUGGAGCAUUGUUUGCCCUUCAAGCUGGACUUGACAUCCUGUCUCCUCACCUGAGCUUUGGAUUCCUGGGUGUCAGUUGUAUCUCUGCCUGUUUCUACAGACAACCAUUGAUGGAUGUAUUGAGUCUUUUGAACCACAUGCACAAAGUUCUUGUGAUAUUCUCAGAUCGGUGACCACUUUAUGAAGAUGGAUUCAACGAAAUGUUCUCACGAUGACAAAGAUCAAGAAGAGCCAUUUCUAGUAGAAUGUCAAGAUCAAGAUCAAGAUCGAAAACUGUCUCGGCGAAGACGCGAGCACUUACGCUACACAUGGCAUGGCAUGCUUUUAGCCUCUGUCCUAGUACAUGUCGCACUUUUGGCAUUAUGGUUCACUCGAGGAGCAUUUUUCAGGUCCAUUCUAUACAGUAAGAACUCUUACGACACAAUGCGGAUAUUGUUGUUUUCAAAUUCACUGACUAUAUUUUUCUUCAAGGUCCAUUUGAGACUGUAUUUUUGACCAAUGUUGAAAACAUGCGGAGUGAUACAUGGGAUGAUAGUGAUUACGUCGGCUUACCAUCAAAACGAAUAGACGAUGCAUGGCGCCAACUACAACGAGGUGCGUGAUAACCUCGAGUCUGAAAGCGUUCAAAGACUUACAACCGGAUGGAAACAGUCAUCGGUAUAACUUUUAGUCCCGAAGAAGCAUCAAAGAUAAAUCUUACGAGCAGUAUCAUGACGAAAGAUGGAGAUCAUGUUGUCCAGCCAGCUUUUCUUCACAACCUACACUGUGUGGUAAGCUUUUCUUGCACCAAUUUUUGUUACGAUUGACCAUAAAGUUUUUUCUACACAGCGAUAUCUUUACCAGAUCCUUCAUCGCGAUACGUACGUGAAAGAGUUGAAAGCCAUCAAAGGCGAUCCAGAAGUCAUAGGACUCAAACAUGCAUGUGAGUGACCACAACUCUAUCAUAAUGUGCCAUCAAUCAGUUUUUAAUCAUUAAAGAUCACUGUAUCGAAGCCCUCCGCGAUUCAACUGUCUGCAGGCCUGACCUUAAUAUAUAUGGACUCCAGUGGAGUGAAGGAAAGACAAAUUUGGCUUUGCAAACCGAUGUUAAUCGAGAAUGUGUGGAUUUUGAUUCCAUAUACGACAUCGCAGUUUCUCGCAAAGUUACUCCUCGGAUGCUCGCGGAUGCACAGGACUCUUUUCUUGGGCCUGUCAUCAAAGCAGAUGGUGGUUAGAGAAGGAGUUUUCAAGUAUCAAUCAACGCUGCGAUCGAUUGCUGCUAGCAAAUUCCCUCUGCAGAUGACAAUUCCGUCCCAAGUAUUAACUCAGAGAGAGCUUAUGGUGUGUGCAUACCAAAUAAAACAGUAAUCUUAUGUAUUUCACAGCUUGUCUUUAAACAACUAAUUGCAGUUUUUUCAUUACUAAUUGAGAUUUCACAAGUGCAUUUAACUCUACCAACAGCUUGGGAAUGAUUG